AUGCCUGGGCUGCGUGAGCCAGAGACAGGACUAUUAUGGAAGGCACCUGUUGCAAAAAUAGGAGCUGAUAUCGAGGCCAGAGACAAUCAAGGCUAUACAGCACUCCACAAUGCAGCAGCUAAAGGCAAACAAGACACAAUCAAAGCGCUAAUUGAUCAUGGCGCAAAGAUUGAAACGAAGAACAAAACUAGCUGUACUCCGCUUCACGAAGCAUGCAAUAACAACUAUAUCUUCGCAGCGAAGGAGCUUAUACAAGCGAAAGCGGACGUAAAUGCUAAGAAUAAUAAGGGAAGUACACCACUCCAUGUUGCAGCUACUAAAAACUUCUCUAACAUAGCAGACGAGCUACUUGUACAAAAUAUAGACACUAGCCGAAGGAAUAGAAACCGCGAAACUACACUUAAGGUAGCAAAGAAGAAGAAGGCUUGGGAUGUAGAAGAACUUCUUCUACCUCCUGUUACCUAA